GUUCGUUACUAUCUUGUCUUGCCAGUGGUAGAGAAUGAGCACCAAAGACGUAUGAUGAUGACGGAAUGGUCUCAUAUUCCCUAUUCUUGGGCUAUGUCGUACCAAAAAGUGCUGCGCAUCUUAUGGGGCUGUGCGGAUGCUCAUGGAGCGGCGUGGAUUCCAAGAUGAACAGACACAGCCCAGAAGAUGAAAAGAUGCAACCCAGAAGAAAGAGCAACGAUGAUGAACCUGGACUUGGAGGUAGAUUCUUUUUAUAUGAGCUAGUGCACAAAUGUCUUGUUCUUGUCGCCCGCUCGUUCGUUGGCCAGAAGCCGGCAAUUAUGAGACCCAGGAAGCUGAUCGGAGUGAGUGACAGAGUGCGAGAAAUCAAGACCAUCAAAAUGGCGUGCAGAGUACCAGAGUAAAUUAUAUAUUGAAAUUAUGCUAGAAAUAAAUCGAAAUCGAAGACACCAGUUUCAUAAAUACAAUGCGAGUAGAGACGAGCAUGACUGAGUUCGGAAACAGUGGCGCACUGUAUGGGACGAGCGACAAAAGGAGAGCAUUUUCCACUAUCGUUUCGACGAUUUACUCUGACCAUCCGAUGUUGAGCGAAUUCGUUUUCGAGAAACGAAGCGGCUGAAGAUUUAGAUUGUGACUGGAACGACAAUAACAGAGGUACUAGUAAAGUAAACCAAUUCAAAUUCUUUGAUCGUGUAUUUUUCAGUGUGUAGUUACUUAGAGUCGGAGUUGUCCGCUCGAGUCGGGUUUGCAGUAUGCCUAGGUAGAUGAUAUGUUCUCGGCCCAAAGAUAGCAAUUCUGAAAGUAUAUUAUGCACGUGACCCGUUCUCAGAAAAUAAUUGCGUGUGCAAACUACUGCACAAACUCCAUUACAGUUUCAUUCUUAGACAUGGUGCUUAUUUAUAUACCUCCACAUCUUCUCUGAUAAUCAAACUUGUAGGAAAAAGAAACAUCCUUCUAGGAAAAGUCUACACAGACAGAUAGUUGCAAGAUGA